AUGGCGACCAUGGCUAAUCAUGACCGUGAAACCACGCAGCCCACCUGCCAAAACUGCAGCACCUCCACCACGCCGUUAUGGCGGCGCGACGAGAUGGGCUCGGUCCUCUGCAAUGCUUGCGGUCUGUUCCUCAAGCUGCACGGCCGCCCACGCCCGAUCUCCCUCAAGACGGAUGUAAUCAAGAGUCGCAAUCGUGUGAAGACCAUGCGACCUGAAUUGGGUAUGAAAAAGAAGAACCCGACGGUCGCAACUGAUGCCAAUGGAGCAGAACUUCAGGCCCAGCAGGCUGCCGCGGCAGCCCUUGGUGCUCGGAGGGCCUCCCAAAAAUCAGCCAAUGGUCAUGCCGAUGGCUCGCACUCUCCUGUCUCUCGAACUGCAACACCGAACAUGUAUGGCAACCAUCUGCCGUUGUACCAUGGUGUGGAGGAUCCCCAACUACACGGUCAGAGCCUUCCAGGCUUUGCUGUGUCUGCUGCAUCUCCGGGCCGUGCUGCAUCGCCCAUGAACGGCGAGCGCCUGGACAUCCCUCAGACACACGAGGCGCUCCUCGCUGCUAACUCUAGCUUGAAGACGCGUGUCAGUGAAUUGGAGGUCAUCAACGAUUUCAUUCGUGGCCGCCUCGAGCAGUAUGAGAGUUAUGGCGCCGGCCCACGCGAAGGACAGGAGGCUGGCCCGACCGAGGCUCAGCUACGCACCCAAUUAGACAACCUUACCAAAUCUGAGGGCCAGUUGCGUACUCAGCUUGAGGAAAGCCACCGAAGAGAGAACAACCUAAAGCGCCGCCUCGACGAGAUGGAGGUCGAGUUAAAAGAGGCAAAGGAAGCUCUAGAGGUCCAUGAAAACGGCCGUGCGAAGAAGCUGCGGGUGUCUGAUAUGGUCGAAGAGUCCGAGACUUCGACGCCUCAGUCCACCUCAUAA